AAAAAAAUAACUUGACAGGCGGGUGUGCGAAGGAGACGCAAAACAAAUCAAUGUUUUCGACAAAGCAAGUUGGGCGCUGUCAAAUGUUCGUUGACAAGAGGAAUUUAAUUCCUCAAUACAUUAAAUGCGCAAAUUAAAUCUAUUAAGGCCAGUUUCGCGCCCCUCGAUUUUUCCUGUUUUCGAAAAUUGCAGGAUUCUAGCAGGGUUCUUACAAAACCGGUUGCUUUCACCGGAUUCUGCUAGAACCGGUUAUUGCAUUUGAGCUAGAAUUCUUUGAGAAUUUUUGCAAAGAUCUGGCAAGAUGAUGACAGCGUUCUAGUAAGAAUAUUUUUUCUCUGCUAGAAUUCUGAAAGAAUCCUGCGAGAACGCCGUGACUGGGUCAGAGUGUUGUUGCGUUUAAGAUAAAUUUAUGCCUAAAAUGUAGUUUUUGCCCAUAGUCGCCGUAAGAUGUUAAGUUCAGGUUACACUAGUUUAGCUACGUAAUAGUGAGAAGCCCAAGACUCGCUUGAGAAUGCGCGAAGAGCCUGAGAUUUCCCUGCAGUCGGCUGCACGCUUGCCAAUAUUUCCGACAACUCAACAAAAAGGGAAAUCCAACCAGCACGACCAUGCCACGUCGUACGAUCGAACAGUCGCCUGCAUACACCCAUCGAGAGCGGAGCCUCGCUCGAUCGCGUCUCGCCAGCCGACAUCAGCAGCUCGCCGAGCCGGAUAAAUCAGCGCUCGGAAACGGUAAUUUACGUAAGGGGCACGAGGCCGGACAGGACGGCACGAUACGCCGCAAAGCCCGAACGAAACUACCGGUAAGUCGUGGUCGAGGCGGACAAUUGGCACACCAUUUAGUUGUCGCAUUUCCCAGAUUGGCAAGCCGUCCAGCGAGCGUCCCAAAAGUGUCUGGUUCACCUCACCAAGCUCGUGACGCCAAGGUCGACGGCGAAACACCGCCAGCCGCGUUUGAGGCCCGACGCGCACACGGAGGCAGGCCAGCGCCGUGUCGAAGGACGAGCCCGAUCUAAAGCGGACGCGCGAGGCAAAACUCGAGAGUGGAGGCGGCAGGAGAGACGCAUCGCAUGCCAAAAACCACAAGUAAGCGAGGCAUUGACAAUUGACGCUGUACUUCCACUAAGAUCACCCUAUUCACAGGAGAUUGAGGGUCACCACACACACGCGCACGACUGAAGCGAGAUUCAGUGUCAAGGUCACGCCGACGAGGAAGCAAGUCGUAAGUUAGCUCCAGGCAGGUGGUGCGUCACCAAUACUAACAAAGGGCUCUCUUUAAACAGUGAGAACGGUGCUCGAAGCACGCGGAACACCACUAGAGGACCUGAAGCUAAAAAGAACGCCCCCGAACCGUACGGGGUAAGAUUGAGCCUGAAUCAAGGAGUAAGCACAUGGAGCUGACGACUUUUGUUUCCACAGGGCGUUUAUACACCGUUUGCUUUGUGCUCGAGGGCCGACCGACUGCACAGGUCGUGCCGCGGCAGUUUUGUCAGCGAAUACCAUCGGCGGAGAUCGAGUAGAGGCGUCGAGAAGAGGCCGUCGAAGUCGCGCGGCGCAAGGACACGGAGGAUGCCAACGUCGCGCAAGCACGCACGUACGCAGAGCGCGUCGCGAGGACGCGGAGCGCGUGGUGCGAACGCGACGCCGAGGCUGGAGCACGAGCUGAUCGACGGGGGCCAGGACGUGCGGCUACGGCAUGGCGGCAGAAAGCGCGCGAGGACGGGUAGGGAUUAGAUGGGCCCAUCUGUGAGUGAGUAGGAAGACAUGUGUUGUCCAUUAGCGUAAGAAAGCAGGGAACAGAGUUUGGCAGGAGUAACAUUAUUAUGUAAACUACUAGAAUAAAACAUGGCAACUUAGCUCACACGCACACAACUACUUUUAGUUAUUUUGGCUUGCUAGUCGGGAGCGUCAGCGAUUUCGCUCAGCUGAACGGUUCCCUAUCAACAGUGUGUUGGCGUUCUGUUUAAUUAUCAAGGUCAGUCCACACUUUUUAUUUCCCAAUCAUAUUUCUGUGUACGUUUUGCGCUAUUCGUUUGUUAUACUUGAAAUCAUUUUUUCAUUUAUCAGCUGAAUCUGACUGAAAUUUAAAUGUUUUGUGUGAAUCAAAUUAUUUUAUUUUCAUAAUAAUUAUUUUAACAUUAUCUCAUCAACAGAGAGCAAGUUGUGGCGCUAUAACCAUGGCAAAUAGUGUCCAGGGCAUUUGUGGAAAUACAAUGUCCCAUCCUCGAGAGUCCCGGAGCACCAAAACUUCUUAGCAUGGUGCUCCCAACGAUUCAUUGCUCUAAAAAAAACAGGAACGUGAGCGGGGGAUCCCCACGUUUCUUCCUCCCCUGUAGAUUCAGAACUGUAUUGCUGUUUGAACAUUCGUGUUCAAACUCAAUCCAAUUCAAAGAAUCAUCUUUGCGGUAAACUUUACGCAGUUGGCCUGGCCGCUUUAACGUUUUGUGAUGUUUCAAAGCAAUUUAUUGCAUUGGGGCACUGCAAAUGUUAAUAAUGACAAGAGGAUGCUAGGCGUUAAUCAACCCAAGGCAUUUUCCAGGAUGCCCUCGAAAGACUGGCUGCGCUAGGGUUAGAUUAGAUUAGAUUAGACAUCAUAAAUCAUGUAAAAUUACCAAUUCUUAUGUGUACAAUCUGUGUUCCUCAAUAAACAAUAUUGUCA